ACGAAAGUUCCAAGUCAAAAAUAGCACUUCAUGCUGCGUCCCCUGUGAGUGUAUUAGGUGGGAGGUUGAAGAAGAUGGGUUUAGUCCUUUUUAAUGGCGGAAUUGCAGCUCCUGUAUGAACUAAAUAUAUAGCCCCUCCCCUCCUCCCUCCCUCUUCACGAGCCUGAAUUGUUCCAGAAUUUACAAAGGAAUUCAGAUACCCGACGUUCCCAAAUACCCAAGAGGGGCAUUUCGCCGGGUCCCAGAAACGUCACGUUUCAUAUCUCUCUCCCAUUCAAUCAAUCCUCCACUCUCUCUCAUCUGUCAAUUUCUGAACCACCAAAAGCUACAGCUCUAGAGAGAGAGAGAGAGAGAUCUGUUGGUCUGGAGAAGAUGACUUCGUAUUUGAGGAAGACAAUCCAGAAUGCGAUUGGUUCCUCCGGCGAGAAGGAGAAGACGACGAAGAAGGAGAAUCAGGAGCCUGCGGAGGAGGCAUCCGACAGUGGGAGCAGCCAUGGGAGUGACUGCAAUGGAGUGGAAGAGGUAGAGCGCAGCAAAAUUGGGAUCAUCCGAGCCCUUCUCCGGAAGGAAGACCCUUCCCUUCAGGAGGAGGACGCAGAUGACCCAACGAUUCGUAGAUUUUUACGAGCAAGGGAUCUUGAUGUUGAGAAGGCUUGUGCAAUGCUUCUCAAGUACUUGACAUGGAGGAGAGAGUUUGUGCCCAAAGGCUUCAUAUCUCUUUCUGAAAUCCAAAAUGACAUUGCCCAAAACAAGCUGUUUAUGCAAGGAAACGACAAGCUUGGCCGUCCUAUUGUGGUUGUCUUUGGUGGCCGUCAUAAGCAAACAACCGUGGAUGAGUUCAAACGAUAUGUUACUUUUACUCUUGACAAAAUAACUUCCAGAAUGCCAGAGGGGCAGGAGAAGUUUGUGAGCAUCGCGGACCUAGAAGGAUGGGGAUAUGCCAACAGUGAUGUACGCGGGUACUUAGCGGCUCUUUCAAUUUUGCAGGAUUGCUACCCCGAGAGGCUGGGGAAGUUGUUCCUAGUUCAUGUGCCUUACGUGUUUAUGACUGCAUGGAAGGUCAUUUACCCCUUCAUUGAUAGCAGAACUAAGAAGAAAAUCAUUUUCGUUGAAAACAAGAAACUGAAGUCCACCCUCAUCCGAGAUAUCGAUGAGAGUCAACUUCCAGAAAUGUAUGGAGGGAAACUACAUUUAGUUCCCAUUCAAGACUGCUGAAAGAGGAGAUGCUAACCAAAUCCAUUGUGGGAGGUCACUCGAGGCACUCUUGAUUUGUCGGUUUAACUAACACCUAAUAUUUGUCGAUAUCUUCUUAUGUAAUGAUGACAACAAAUUAGAUAACCUAAUAUUCAUGUGUCCACUCUUACGUUGUCCAUUGUCUUGUUUGCCUAUGACUCUUUAAAGUCACAAAAGUGUUAUCUUUGCCAGUGCACAAAAUGGAUUUGGUGACACUUGCACUAAACACUUUACUGAUGC